AUGUCAUAUAAUGAUCCAUUGUUAUCUGUUGAUGACUUAGCUGAUCAGGUUGCUGAGGUUCUUGACUAUUUUGGACGUGGUGUUGUUAUGUGCACGGGAGUAACAAUUGGUGCAUAUGUACUCACCUUGUUUGCUAUGGAUCGUAAUACUUGGAUGUAUGAAAUAUCACGUGCUAGCAAAAGAUAUUUGGCAAGUUUGCUUGAUUUUCUUAAAGUAGCUGAGGAUGAUCGAAAGAAUAAAGGAAAAAGUCACAUCUGGUGUCCUUGUGAAAAGUGUCAAAAUUGUCAUAAGUUUAACGAUUUUGCAAUAAUACAAGAACAUCUAAUAUGUGAGGGGUUUAUGAGUGGGUAUACACGAUGGUCACGACAUGGUGAACUGUUAAUUGAUCAUGAUACAGUUGUUCCAAAGUGUAGUCAUGAUGAGGCUGGUGAUUAUUUGGAUAGUGAGAGUUGUGAUGGUUUAGAUGACAUGUUGCAUGAUCUGGAGGAUAAUGUUGCGGAAAAAGAUCAUCAAAAAUUCCAACAGUUGUUUGAAGACAAAGUGGAUUUGGAAAUUGAAUUUGAUGAGCUAGGCAAAAAUAUCGGAGCUACCCAAUCUCAUUUUAGCAAUUAUUGUGGAGUCAUGGUAAGGACGAGGAUUUCAAUCGUCAUAUUGCGUUGGGAUGAAGUUCCUAAGGCUGAAAUCGAUGAACUGUGGUUAAACAUUAAGAAACAUUGGAAUAUAGAAGAUGAUAGGCACAAAAAGCAGGUACUAAAAAUUUGCAAUCAGUCAUGGAAGGCUUACAAGAGCAGCCUUGUUACCGAAUACCUAAAGAAGGGCAGAAAUCCAGUACCUGAAUAUCCAUACCUAGACGAGCCUACAUGGAAUGCUUUUGUUCAACUCAAAACAUCACCGAGCUUCCAGGAAAUAAGCAGCAAAGCUACAGAGACUGCAAAGUUGAACAAGUAUCCGCCUCGGAUAGGCCCACGUGGUUAUCGUGGUAUGAAACCUCAAUGGGAAAAAGAGAUGGAGUCUUGUGAGUCAACAAAGUUCCAUAAUAUAAGAAGUGAACGUGCAAGGAAUUUUAUCCUUGCUAGGUUAAAACGUGAUCCCACAGGAAUAUACUCGUUACCUACUGAUCUCUACUCCUUGGCAUCUGAAUUGAUUGAAAAAGAUACUCAAUUAUCUCACGGAGAUUGGUUUCCUGGACCUGGAGCCGAUGUGCUUACAGAGGUGUUAGGACCCGAGCAUCCAGGCGGCUUACAAGGCCAGGCACACCCGUCCUCAACAAGGCAAGCAAACCGCCACGACACGGUGCACGGCACACCACCUAACGGUGGUGACGAAUUACAUACGUAA